AUUGCAGAUUAAAACGAGAGUCAGCAUUUAAUGAUUGGUUAAUUUAUAUUUUUCAUACGAACGGGACGAAUAUAACCUCUAUUAUAAUAUGACGUUCGCUUGUAAAGUACGUGGUUGUUUAUCAGAUCAAAAUACGAAAAUCGACGGUCGAGAAAUAUCAUUAUUUGCUUUUCCAGAAGAUGACACGAGACGUCAGCAAUGGAUCAAAAACUGUAGAUUAGUUCUUAAUUCCUGCGAUGGAAAUGAUUCUUUAUAUGUUUGUGAAUUACAUUUUGAAAAAAAUUAUUUUACCGCAUCCAAUGAAUUGAAAACAAAUGCAAUACCAACUAUUUUUCGCAAUGGUGAAGAUUUGCAAAGAAAACGAAAAGCUGAAAAUAAUGAACAAGUGGAAUCUUCAAAGAUCUUACCAUCGAAGCAAAAAAAUUUAGAUGAUGAUUCUCAUAGCUUGGUAACACCUCCACAAAGCCCAUUUACACAAUUAGGAGAAAAUAUUGAAGAAUCGAGUUUAGAAAAUAAAACUAUUAAUGCAUUCAAGGAACCAGUAAAUGGUACUGGUCCAACUACAUCCACGCCAUAUAAAGAAAUGGAUAUUGGAAAAAAUAUAUAUCGUUUAACAAUACAGAUAGAAAAGAUACACGCAGAGCCAGAUUCAGACACUAAGGAGCCAGUAAUAUUAUCUAAUCAGGAAGUAGAAGAUUUUGCUAUUUCGAAUAAUGAGAUGCUAAUAUUCAAGGAUGAACCAGAAAUGAACGAUGAACCUCCCGCCGAAAAAAUGGUAAAAAUUAGUAAAGUAAAAAAACCACCAUGUAUCAAAGGAGGAUGCAAAUUAAAAAAGGCCAUGUAUGGAACGAAACCGGCAUUCCAAUGCGAGGAAUGUAACAAAUAUUAUGUUAUGAAGAAAUGUAACGCGCAAAUAGAGAAAACCAAUGUUUGUUCCGUAUGUCAGAAGUCUUUUGCAUCGCCGCAAUCACUGUACCUUCAUGUUAAAAAACAUUUUGUUUGUGAUAUGUGCCUGACCGAAUGCAGUUCGCGAAUGUCAUUUGAUAAACAUGCUAAGUCACAUGUAAGCACUGAUCCUUUAUUUCCUUACAAAUGUCACAGAUGUUUUGAAAUAUUUGAUACCAAAGACGAAAUAAGGAAUCACUACGUUCUUAUGCAUCCUUCGAUAAAACUCGAAGGUAUUGGCAGAGCAAAAGUAUCGCCUGUAACGGUUCAAGUACCUCAACAAGAAUAUUUAUGUCCAACAUGUAAUAUUACUUUUAGAAACGAGCAUGCAUAUAGAAAUCAUGUUAAUUGUCAUACACAAAAAGAAGGAAUACGUUGCAACAUAGCUGAGCCAAGUAAUAUAAUAUCUGUACCAACACCAUUAACUGGCGGUCAAAUAGGUAUUUUGCGAGCAGUGACGUUCAGUUGUAGAGUAUGUUCGAAAGAAUUUGAUAACGUUGCUGAAGUCGAUCAACAUACGAGAACCCAUUUGGAGAGCGGAGAACAUAAGUGUAAUAUUUGCAAGAAAAUGUUUAAAACUAGUGCGCAACUAAAUGAACACUUGAAGCACCAUCUAUCGCGUGCACAUCCAUGUCCCAUAUGCCCUAAAGCAUUUAUCAAUAGAACUACUUUGAAAAUACAUUUGAAAACGCAUGGUGAUUCAUAAUUUAUAUCGACUAUUUGUGUUUUUUUUUCUCCCUGAAAUACUAAAGCUAAAGGAACUCUAAUUCAAAUAAAUCUACCGUAAACUGGUGCGAUAGAAUUUAUCAAUUUUAAAGAUGUCUGUACAGUAAUAUCACAAUUGUAGGUAUAUUUUAAUCAUAUGUUCAUAUAAGCCAUUAAAUAUUGUGUACAAAGUUU